ACAGCCCCAACUCCCUGCCCGGCUCUCUCCUUCCCAGCCCCGUUCCUCCUCCUGGGCGCUGCCAGAGCCGGCGAGGCCGACGCCGGGGGGGACCCCUUCCUCAAAUGCUUCCUGGACCCAGACUACGAGGAGCUCCUGGACAUGGUGGUCCGAGGCCUCAACCGCACCGCGCGGCCCCAGCGGGUGGCGGUGGUGGGGGCCGGCAUAGCCGGACUGGUGGCGGCCAAGAUGCUGGAGGACGCCGGACACAAGGUAACCGUGCUGGAGGCCAGCGACAGAGUGGGAGGCCGGAUCCUGACUCACAGGGAUGAGAAGACGGGCUGGACGGGCGAGCUGGGGGCCAUGAGGAUCCCCUCGAGCCACCGGAUCCUCCGGAGGCUUUGCACCCACCUCGGCCUCCACCUGGCCCCCUUCCUUCAGUUCGACAUGAAUGCGUGGACCGAGGCCAACGGGGUGAAGCUGCGCAACUUCGUGGUGGAGGCGGCGCCCGAGAAGCUGGGCUACCGGCUGCGGCCCUCUGAGCGAGGCCGGGCCCCGGAGGCCAUUUACCAGAUGGGCCUGGACAAGGCCCUCUCCGACCUCAAGCACCUGGGCUGCUCGCGGAUGAUCAAGAAGUUUGAAAGCUACUCGCUGCAGGACUACCUCGUGGGGGAAGGGAACCUGAGCCUGGCCGCGCUGCACCUGCUGGGGGAUGUGCUGGCCGAGGACGGCUUCUUCCCGCUCAGCUUCGCCGAGGCCCUGCGGGCUCACAGCCUCCUCAACGACCGGCUCAGGUAG